UACCAAUAAAGAGCAUGUGCUAAGAUGUUUGCGUGUCUUGUCUGCUUCAUCAACAGCAUGCAUCGUAGCAUACUCCAACAUCACACCUGCAGAUUGCUUCAACUCCCUCAUCAGUCUUUGCAGACAUGGGAGAAGAUUGAGAGAAGUAAACUCGCAAGUUAGGGAUAUCAUAUUGUACAUUGGUUGUAUCUGUUGGCUUCGUGGGAUGGAGAUUGCAUCUACUUUUGGCAUCGAAAGAAUAACACGUGCGGAGAGAAUUCAGCACGAACUAUGGCCGUUAGAUGAAAUAGAUCCUAAGAAGGCGAAGUUCCCGUGUUGCUUAGUUUGGACUCCUCUUCCCGUGGUCUCAUGGUUGGCGCCUUUCAUUGGCCAUGUUGGCAUAUGCAGGGAGGAUGGAACCAUCUUAGAUUUCUCGGGGUCCUACUUAAUCAAUGUUAACAAUUUUGCGUUUGGAGCUGUAGCCAGGUACUAUCAGUUGGACAGAGAGCAGUGUUGUUUUCCUCUGAACCUUGCUGGGCACACGUGCAAAUGUCGUUACAAGCAUAUAGACUAUGGCACAGCGAUCACGUGGGACGAGGGGCUCCUCUCGAGCAUGCGCCGCUUUGAGCACCAAUCCUACAACCUCUUCACUUGUAACUCUCACUCGUUCGUUGCCAACUGCCUGAACCGGCUAUGCUAUGGCGGAUCGAUGGGCUGGAACGUGGUUAACGUGGCGGGUCUAGUGCUCACCAAGGGCUGCUGGGUUAAUAAUGGCUUUGCGAUACUGAGAUCUUUCUUGCCAUUCGUCGUGGUGCUCUGCUUCGGACUAGCCUUAGUCGGAUGGGCUUUCUUGAUUGCAUUGUUGUCGUUUUCUCUCCUCCUCCUUGGAUGGUUUUUGGUCGCUACAUACUGUGUCAAAGGUCUGUUGGAAUACUAGAAUUUUGUGAAUCUUUAUGAUGAAACAACUGGGAAUAACUGUGCUGCUGUUAAGUGUAAAUAGUCCCAUAAAAUUGUUCAAAGUUCAAUGGACCCUUGCACCUUAGAUUAUACUUUCUGGGAAAAUUUAACAAAAUAUAGUGUACCCUUUUGCAAUUUGGUAUGUCUGAUUUUACAUUAUGACUAUUGAUCAUGAUUAAUAUGGAGGAGUAAUUCAA